AUGAAUUUGACACAUGCUGACAGUAAUGCCACAAUAACUCUGAAAUACUCUGACACAUUUGUCACAGCUGUCAGCAGGAGUGUGAUCGUUGUUGUCCUGGGCAUCACCAUAAGCUACAUUAAUGCCACCAUGAUCCACACAUUCAAUAAGUAUCAGAUCUUCAAGUUGAGCCCUCGCUACAUCCUAUUCAUCCACAUGGUGUUAAAUGACAUUAUUCAACUGGCAACCAGCAUUUCCCUCUUCAUCUUCUUGUAUGCCUUCCAGACCAUCUACGUCUCCCUCUGUUUGCUCAUCAUCUUGCCAGCAAUCAUUACCACACAAAACACUCCUCUUAAUUUAGCCUUCAUGGGAGCGGAGUGCUGUGUUUCUGUCUGUGCCCCUCUCCGAUAUAACUACAUCUGUACUGUCAAAAGAACAUAUAUUAUAAUUGGCAUUAUCUGGGCAAUGAGUUCACUUUCUGUGAUGCCAGAUCUCUUCAUUGUCUUGGCUGUUGAGCCGCCGCAGUUCUUCCUGUCAAGAGUGCUCUGCUACAGAGAUACUGUGUUUCGGAGUAGCUACAGUGUAAAUAAGAGAGAUGCAUCCCACAUACUGUUUCUGGUGGUAGUUUUGCUCACACUGCUGUACAGUUACUGCAGAAUUUUGUUUGUGGCUAGAUCUGCUGAUGCAGAUGCUAAAAAGGCAAGAAACACAAUCCUGAUUCAUGGUUUUCAGUUGCUGUUGUGUACGUUGGUAUAUGUGCAACCUAUAUUAACCAAACUGCUGGUAUACGUGCUUCCUGAAAGGAUAAGUGAAGUAAACUUUGCUUUUUUUAUUAUUAACCAAAUUCUUCCUCGCUUAGGAAGUCCUAUGGUCUAUGGAUUACGUGACAAGACUUUCAGAAAGUACUUGAAAAAGCAUCUGUGUGCAGUGAACCACCCUGCAAAGAGAAGUCUGAAGGUGUUAUCAUAA